AAAGAGAGAGAAGAUGGAGAAAAUUGUUUGUGGUGCUUUAACUAUGGCAAUUUUGCUACAAGUUACAAUAGCACAAACAGAUCAUAUAGUUGGGGAUAGCUUUGGUUGGUCUAUACCAAUUAAUGGCGCUGCAGCUUACACAAUGUGGGCUGAUGCAAAUACAAUCAAAAUUGGUGACACCUUAGUUUUCAAAUUUACGGAAGGAAACCAUGACGUACAAGAAGUAUCAAGAAGUUCAUAUGAAGAAUGCAGUACACAAAAUUCUAUAGGUGAAGCAAUCAAGAAAGGGCCUGCAAAAAUCACUAUGCAAACUCUUGGUGAUCAUUAUUACAUUUGCACAGUUGGUGAGCACUGUUUAGCUGGUCAAAAAAUGGCAAUUAAAGUUUCAAGCACUAAUUCCUCAGCCUCAAAUACUCCGGCAGACACCACUCCACCUCCUCCAUCUUCCUCAACUGUCGUGUUUGCGAGUUUUCUGCUAAGUUUAUCUUCAAUUGUACUCGCCAUUUUUCUCUAAGCAGAUUUAUAUAGGUUUAUGCUCAACCUGAUGACAAUAUGGUAUAGUACACAUAAUUUUGAUUGAUCAGUUUGGGUUAAAUUCUACUAUUUUGAAGAUU